AUUUUAUAAGGCAAUUAACACGAUUAACGUCUAGCUUUUUAGCUUUAAAUGCACACAAAAGUCUGUUUUAGGCUCAGUGUUGAGGUGGGCUAACAGGUCUUUAAUCCCUCCCAGUCCAUGUUUCCUUGGCUCAAGUUCCCACUAAAGGGAAGUGUGCGGUAGUAACGUGAGCAGCACCUCGCCCGCCGAAACGGCGGCAAAAUCCACAGUUAUAAGCCACAAAGAGGAUAUUUUCUGGGAUUAAAGCGUCGAUGAGUCCCUUCUGGAGGACUCCAGACUGCUCUGCUGACUGUGAGAGCUGAAUGUCGGCCUGGAAAGUGAGGAGGGAAUGUAUUGGGCUCAAAGCUGACGAACAGUUCCUCUUUUUGGCUUUCGUCUGCACAACAGAAACAACAGCUCCUCGAGCAAGAAGAAGACUAAGAGGGGGUCAAGAUGGCAUCACAAGAAGGGGAGGGGCCAAAUGGUAACGGCAGCCAAUCAGACAGCAGGCUGAAGAACAAGAAGCCGCCCAGCCUGGUGAUCGCCAUCCCUCCUUCAGAGGACGAAGAAAGAGCAACAGUGCAAGAACGACAGUUUUUGCGGCCAUCGCUGAAGAAGAGCGUGAGUCUCCAGCAGUCAAAUGAGGCACUGUCAGACAGUGGGAACGAGAGGAGAGCUGCGUUUCGCCGACAGACAUCACUCUCUCAGAGUAUCCGCAGGGGUACAGCACAGUGGUUUGGUGUGGGCAGUGACUGUGAAAGUAAAGAGCAGGUGUGGCAGAGGAAGAGCCUGCGGCACUGCAGUCAGCGCUAUGGCCGGCUAAAGGCCCAAUACAGAGAGAACCAUGAGGCCAGCGUGGAGCAGCCCCUCGACUCACCAGGGGCUUACAAAAUGCCAAAGAUCGUGGACCCCCUGGCCCGUGGGCGUCCGUAUCGUUAUGAUGAUGCAGAGCGGCCCCGGACCCCCCACGCCACUUGCCCUGUCCCCGCGCCCCCGUUGACUCCAGGCGUGACCUCCAUCUGCUCCUUUACCAGCCAGCGCUCCGGGUACACUCGUUUACCGCGGAGAAAGAGGGAGUCUGUCGCUCGCAUGAGCAUCCGCGCGGCUUCCAACCUGCUCAGGGGUCGUCCUGGGCUGCAGGGGUCACACGCAGCCCGCAGUUUCCACCGCAGGAGCUUUGCUCGGCCCAGCUGGAUGGAGGAGGAUACAGCAGACACAGCAGACACCUCUGAUUCAGUCUUCUUCAGCAAAGUGGAUGCCCAUGAGGAGUUGUACUCUAUGGCUGAUGAUGUGUUUGAGUCUCCUCCACUUUCUGCUGCAUAUGCCACAGACAGCACUGUAGAAGAAGCGCACCGCUAUCCCAGCUGUAAAGACAUCAGUAAAGUCCCAGUGGGCGCUGUAGAGAAAUCUGCUGCUCGUCGUGGAGCUCGUAUCGCAUCGCAAGUUAAACACUUUGCCUUCGAUAAACACAAACGGCAGUACGGGAUGGGCGUGGUGGGCAAGUGGCUGAACCGUCACUACCGGCGGAGCCUGAGCAGCCAGGUCCAAAAACAGCUGGAUGACUUUCACAGUCACAGGCCUUAUUUUACUUACUGGAUCACCUUUGUGCACAUUGUAAUCACCCUGCUGGCCUGCUGUACAUACGGAUUUGCACCCGUUGGCUUCGCCCAGCACACCGUCACUCAACUGGUGCUGAGAAAUAAAGGGAUCUAUGAGAGUGUGAAAUAUAUUCAGCAGCAGAAUUUCUGGAUCGGUCCUGGAUCUGAAGACCUGAUCCAUCUGGGGGCAAAGUUCUCACCCUGUCUCCGAAAAGACGAGCAGAUAGCAAAGCUGAGGCAGAAAGCCAAAGAGCAGGAGAGAGAAUCCGGGUGCUGCGUACAGAACGACAACUCCGGAUGUGUUCAGACGCUACGAGACGAUUGCUCGGAGACUCUGGCCACCUUCAUCAAGUGGAACAAUGUGAACGGAGACAUCUCUAGGUUGUCAGGGGCUGUGUGCCAUCAGGACCCCAGGACGUGCGAGGAGCCAGCAUCAGCCAAGCCUCAUCUUUGGCCCGAUGACAUCACAGAGUGGCCGAUAUGUACUGAACCACGUACAUGGAAUUACACAGGCUAUCGGCACAUGGAUUGCACCAUCAGGGGCCGGCCCUGUUGCAUAGGAACCAAAGGAAGGUGCGAGAUUGCCACCCGUGAGUACUGUGAGUUCAUGCACGGCUACUUCCACGAAGAAGCCACGCUCUGCUCUCAGGUUCAUUGCCUGGAUGAGGUUUGCGGUCUGCUUCCGUUCCUAAACCCGGACAUCCCAGAUCAGUUCUACAGGCUGUGGCUUUCUCUCUUCCUGCAUGCGGGCCUCCUGCAUUGCUUCGUGUCCGUGGUGUUCCAGAUGACGGUCCUGAGGGACUUGGAGAAGCUGGCCGGAUGGCUAAGGAUUUCCAUCAUCUUCAUUUUCAGUGGCAUCACAGGGAACUUGGCCAGCGCCCUUUUCCUACCUUACAGAGCCGAGGUGGGUCCAGCGGGCUCCCAGUUCGGCCUGCUAGCGUGCCUGUUUGUGGAGCUCUUCCAGUGCUGGCAGAUUUUAGAAAAGCCAUGGAAGGCCUUCCUCAAGUUGCUUGGCAUUGUCCUCUUCCUCUUCUUCUGUGGCCUGCUGCCGUGGAUCGACAACAUUGCUCACAUCUUCGGCUUCCUCAGCGGUUUGCUACUGUCCUUCGCCUUCCUGCCUUACGUCACAUUCGGCAUCUACGAUAAGUACCGCAAGCGUGUGCUCAUCCUCCUUUCGCUGCUCGUCUACGUGGGCCUGUUCUCCUCGCUCAUUGUCUGGUUCUACUUCUACCCCAUCAACUGGUACUGGCUGGAGCAUCUCACCUGCCUCCCCUUCACCAGCAAGUUCUGCGAGCGCUACGAUAUCGAACAUGUGGUGCACUAGUCUAGUGGCAGCUGUGCUAAUCAGCAGCUUCCAGGCUCCAGGACAGGACAGCAAGGGAACUGGCUUUUGGAAGCCAAGAGCCGAGAACAAAACAUGAGGGACGAGGAAAGCAGGUACUAAUACAUCUGUUGAGGUAUGAAGUCAGUACUGAGUUGUUGAGUCUGGCACUGUGAGAUGUGCAGGCCUUCUUCUACUGCAGGGGUCUUAACACUAAACACUAUUUCAAUGCAUUUCAAAGACUUGCCUUAAACUACCCAGGCUUUUUAGUAGAGUUUCGGUUGCAACAUUACUGUGACAAGGUUUUUUUUUUUUGUCUGUUUGGUUUUUUUUUUUUUCUUUUUACACCAUUAAUACAGCUUGGCUGCCCUAAAACUACUACUUCACCUGUCUUCAAUUUCAUCAUAAUUCAAUGUAAACAGUCAUUCAGAGUGGUUUGAUAUAGUUUAUUGUAGAGACUUUGAUUAUAGUGGUGUUGUAGAGACUUUUUUAUAGUGGUGAUGAUGGCAACCCAGGGUUGUGGUGUCUACAGUGUAAAUACACUUGUUCACCACAAAUGCCUUCUAUGAAAUAUAUUUUAGGCCAAAACCUUCUCAUAACUAUAACAGAACAAUGUCUCAGGCAUCACUCACUGUAUUCUUAAUUCUUUACAGGCAAUAAACCAGGCAUGUCCAGUCUUGUCCUCACACAGCGAGUGGCGUAACCAUCUAAGUGUUUUCUCUAUUAUCAGAAGAUCAUGAGUUCAAUCCCUGGUGGUGCUACAUGAUCAUGAGUCCAAGACAGCACAAUUGGCCUCGCUCUCUGAGUGGGUAGGAUGGCUCCCCAUCACUUAGCGCAGUGCUGGUCAGCGCAGGCGUCUGUUAGCUGAGGUAACAGAACUGUUACUGUGGUUAGCACUCUCCUCCAAGCGUGUUCAGCUGUCUAAAGACGUUGAGUUAGCGUCAGUUUCGAAAAGAUGCGGUGGUGCUCCACAGGUCUCGGGUGAACCCUGUCCCAGCUUUCGCCCUCCUAGCACUGCUGAUAUUGUGUGACUGGAGUAGACCUAACUAGUGAGUGGAAUUUGAUAUGAUUGAACUGGGAGAAAAUCAGGAAAAAUCUUAAAAUGCAGUAUUUCAUUCCAAACAAGCAGACUCCUGCCUGAUUCCCACCAGUUCCUGCUUUAUUGGAAUGAAAACCUGCAGCCACACGUCCCUUUGCGGGUAUGGUUGGACACCCCGGACGUCUGGUUCCCAUCACCACUGCUGCACACAAUUCUGACUCAGUUAAGUUUGUCUAAACUGGAGGACUCCACAUUAAAUGACUCCAUUCUGAAUGACUUCAUUUUCAUCUUAACCAUUGGAAAAUUCUGUGGAAUUCCUACUUCAUGCUCAACCCUUCUUGUUUUAGCUUUGUAUAGCCAAAUCAUGUGGAUAUGCCACUAAGACAAUCCAUUAUAGCCCUUAAAAUGACAUCAAACAUUUUUCAAACUCCAGGGAAGUCGAGCCAUGCACGUCAUUUAUUUUUAUUUAUUUUUUUGAUUGUGGAUAUUUGAACUUGAACCGGUGUUAUUCCUUCAUAUCCUAAUGCAGGAUACGAAUCUUAAGAAUGGUACAUUCUUGAACCAGCUAAUGCACCCUAAUGUGCCUUGAUAAGGAAAUCUCUUAACUUCUUACUCGGUCUGUGUUGGUUGGCCACGCGGGAACAUUCUAGAACACUGAGAACUGCUCUAGAACACCGUUCAGCGUUUUCUCCCCUGGCUGGAGAUUAGAGGCAACUUCCUCUGCAUACGCCUGGCUUAUGGACAGAGAAACCGAUGACUGACUGUGAAAAGGAUUAUGGUCUAAUUGCGAUGAACUGAGAAUAGGAGGCUUUGCUUAGUCAUGCUCCAACACCAGCAUACAGUAAAGCUGGUUUAUCGCCCAUCGUUCGAUGUGCCUGACGACAGGGGAGGAGGAACAAACGCUGUGACAGUGUGAACGUUUCAUAGAUGUCCGGCACAAAGGUGUAUGGUACCGUUCAUAAGAACUAGAAAUCUUUGUCCAUGUUGUACUCAUUCUUGUCCAGAACACAAACAGAACGUUAUGCCAACCGUCAGUGGUAUUUGUGGGGAUGGAUGGGUGCUAAAGAUGGGGAUGUUCAGUAAAUGAAGCUCGUUGAGCUUAUAGAUCUGCAUUUCAUUUAAGCCGAAUGUACUGUUUUAUCUAGUGAUGAUUGUUAUUAUUAUUGUUAUUAUUAUAUUAUUGCUACUACUACUUUUGUACAUUUUUAUGCCAAAAUGUGCCGUUAUUCGAUUUGAGUUUUUUACUUUUAAGCGCACUGUGCCUUAAAAACAUUAAAAAGGGAAUCAUGUUUAUGACUUUGAGAUUUUUACUUUGUGAAUUAAAUAUAUUUGUACAAAUGUUUGUAAAAAAAAAGUAAGACUGGACUGUAUAGAGGUGAUUCUGAGGUAUUGUCUCAUUUUAUAUUUGUUUUUCCUCCUUAUAAAGCAUUAAAUAAAGUAAUCCCCCCCUAA